CUCGGUUUCAUCCACCACGACCCCUCGACAGUCGACACAGGCGCAACCAUGAUGGACCCGUCCGUGGAGAUGAGUCCGACGACGUCGAAGUCCAAGGACAGGCUUGGUGCUACGUCUGCGUCCCCCGUGCUGUCCGGAUCGGAAAAGUACAUGAAGCAGCUGCAGUCUCCGUCCGUACGCAAGCUCUUCAGUGAGAACCAGACAGUGCAGAACUUGCAUGUGAUCCACAACUUGAAAAAGAACUACCGCCAUCGCAAGCUGUUUGAGAUCUGGGCGUUCGUGGUGGCGCUGGUCGGACUGGUGCUGAUGCUGGUCGAGAACGAAGUGGUGAUGGUCGCCGAGUCGCCGUCGACACCUCUGUCCGAGGCGUUAAAGACCGCCGUAUCCAUCUCCACGGCGCUUCUGCUCGUGCUCAUCGUGUGUCGGUACCAAUCGCACACCAACAUCUACAAGUUGCAGAACAUCCUGCCGCCCACGGCAUCCAUGAUGUCCGUGUACUGGCCGGUGCUGCUGCUAGAGUUGAUCGUCUGCGGGUUCCACAUCCCUCCAGGGCUGUCUGGGUCGGUCCCGAUUCUCCAGUUUCGGCACACCGUCGAGGCCAACGCCACACUCUGUCGGCAUCCCAAGAACCUCAUCACGAGAAUCCAAGGCAACUCGUGUUACCUGUCAUAUAGCUACUUUUACGACGUAUUUGGGGUGUUUAUGGUGCUGCGCAUCUACUUGUUUGGCAGGUACAUGCGCAGCUCGUCGCCGCUAUACUCCCAGUGGGCCGCGUUCAUUGGCACGUUGAAGAACGUGAACGCGAUGAGUCCAUUCUUUCACUUUAAAGCCAUCUUUAGCACCCAACCUGCUCGACUAGUGGCCCCGCUGCUGGUGUUUGUCACGUUUGUCACUGCCGCCAUCAUCCGCAUCCUUGAAGUACCCGCGCAACCGGUGCUGCUCAACUAUUGGACCGCCGUGUGGAUGACCACUGCGUCGAUUACGUCGGUGGGAUAUGGGGACUACGCGCCCGUGACGUACGCGGGCCGGGGCUUCUUGACGUUCAGCGGCAUCUUGGGCGGGUUGCUCAUCUUGUCGUUGGUGCAGUCUAUCUUCUUUGGGGCGCUGGAGCUCACCGACAACGAAUCCCGCGUCAAGUACAUCAUCGACAAGAGCCGCUGGGACUGCCAACGCCGCGAAGCCGCGGCCAAGUUGAUUCAGACCCAGUUCCGGCUCAAGAAACAACAGCAGCAACAUGGGACCAAUCCAAGACUUGUGGAGGCGCUGACGCUGCACUUGUUUGAGUACGAUGAUGGAUGUGAUGAUGAAGAAAUGAGGUCGUGUGAUAUAUUGUGUGUAGAUGCAUGGAACACAUGCACAAGUUUGUGCGGGGAGAGCCGCGCAACGUCCGGACGUUCGAAGAAGAGAUGGACGCGCACAUUGGAGGCCUCCUGCGGGACAUGGACGACAUGCAGCGCCAAGAAGACGCAAUCUUGGCGCGUAUUCAAGACAAGAUCAGACGACUCAACGCCGCGUGCGACUGCAUUCUAAGUUCGCAAGCAUCCUAAGCAUAUUGUACACUACUUUAACGUACACCAUUUUGCGGUUAAUUUCGACAAAUAUCUGGUAUAUUUCGUGGAAUCCCA